UGGGCUCUUUUACAGCUUUGGCAGGUGAUGCUGUAGCUCACUCGGGGCUUGAAGAGCCUCCUCGCCUAUCUGGUUUUACCUGGGGAGGUGACCUGGUUUCAGCAUCGCGGCGCGUGCACAGCUCCAGGGCGCCGCGUGCAUUUGGUCUCCAUCCUCCUUGACCGGUACGUCCGCCCCGAGGCGCAGCCUCCCGCGGCAGAUUCAGCACCAGCGGCCGUCCGGAGCGGAGCUGUCCACGCAUUCAGCACUUUUUUUCCCACUUGAGGAGGGAGCUAGAUAGGAGCCAUUAGCUAGAAACUUCCUUCUGAGAGAUUCAAGGCAGACCAUUUCAGUAUGGCGUCCAAAUACUUUGGUCUUUUCGUGCUUGUUCAGCUUUUUGUUCUGGAAGUAGACAACCAGACAUUUGCCUUCCCCACACCGACAGCCUCAACGGAUGAUAAAGCUGUGUACAACCGACAGUUGACAGAAGAGAGACCGCUGCAAGAGCAGAUUGCAGAGGCAGACAGCGUGAAGGCUGCAGUUCAGUCAGCCGAGAGCAAACAACCCGCCGCCUUCAAGGACGCAGAGUCAGAACAGGCCAGCGAUGACUUUACCAUGCUCAAGUCUCUGGCUGACGGCCAGAAAUCAAAAGACUCCCGGGAGGUGCUGGUUAAGAAGGAGGAUCAUCACGUUCCUGAUGAGGCCGAUUCAACUAAGAGCCGACGUCUCGCUGAUGACUACGACUCCACCAAAAAUGGGAUGGAUUAUGGCAAGUACCAGGAUGACACAGAAAGCUUCCGCCAGGUUGAUGGUACUCCACUGACAGCCGAGGACAUUGUUCAGAAAAUUGCCAACAAAAUAUACGAGGAAGAUGACAGAGGAGUGUUUGACAGGAUCAUCUCCAAGCUGCUCAAAUUGGGGCUGAUCACAGAAAAUCAGGCGGAUUCUCUGGAGUACCAGGUGGCCGAGGCACUCCAGGAUCUCAUCACAAAAAAUGCCAAAAACAAUGAAGUUGAGGACACAGAGAACAUCGCUCAAGACACAGGAGGAGAGCAGGAUGACCAGGGUGCAGACAUGGACACGUGGGAGCCACGCAAGCGCAGCUACAAUGAAGAGGAGGAGGAAGAAGAAGACAACGAUGAUGAGCAGAUUGAGGAUGAUGUGGAUAGAGAUGCAGAGGAAGAGAUGGAAGCAGCUGACAACACCUGGGACAAAGAUACAGAGGAGGGCAAUGAGGUGGGCCAGGGAGAUGGGCUCCAGGACCUGCAGUACUUCCCAAACUUCUACCAGCUGCUCAGAAGCCUUAAUUCAGAAAAAGAUGCUCAGGAGAGAGAAACGCUGAUCACCAUCAUGAAGACACUGAUAGAUUUUGUGAAGAUGAUGGUGAAGUAUGGCACCAUCACCCCAGAGGAGGGCGUCUCAUAUCUGGAGAACCUGGAUGCUAUGAUAGCCAUGCAGACAAAAAACAAGCUGGGCAAGUCCCUCGGACUCCCUGAAGUCGGCGGGCCUAACGGGAAAAACAUGGAUGAGGAUGACAAUACCAAGUCUGAGACAGCCAAGAUGCAGAAGGAAUACGAGAACCUGAGAGAUUCGACCAAAGAGGAGCAGCCAACAGCCGAGAGCACUCUAGACCAGCCCGGCAAGUCAGAGACGUAUCUAGAGGCCAUCAGGAAGAAUAUCGAGUGGCUGAAAAAACACAACAAAGAUGAUGGCAAAGAUGAUUAUGACCUGUCCAAGCUGAAGGAUUUCAUGGAUCAGCAGGUGGAAUCAUAUAUCGAGAAGGGAAUCAUCGCCAAAGACGAAGGCGACACAAUCAAGAGGAUCUACGGCAGCCUGUAAGAGAUCCGAUUUUGGAACAAAGAACUGAGUUUGACGAGGUCUCCCUCCAAAACCUCGGCUGCUUUCAGUGAUUUCAAACAGUAUGAUAAUUAAAUGCUGUGUAUUUAAAACUGCUCUCACACACAAUCUCAAAAUGUCCCAAAACAUAGGAUUAGAUAUGACAACCAACAAAAUAGAUUAUAAAAAUGAUCCCAACUGUUAUUAUUUACACCCUAAGAUUACUGUUUACUAGAGUAUUACGAUGAGCUAUCAGAAGUAUAAUUUCUCCAACGAGACUAGUAGGAGUAAAAGGUUUGGGAGUAUGAAGGAGCUUUGCAAUACCCUCCUUCAUCCACUUGUAGUGCAAACACACACCAACCAAAUGAUACUAAGCCUAACAUACUUAUUUCAGUGCAUAUGUUUGACUUUAAUGUAAUCCUGCUUUUUAAUUUUAUCAAAAUGAACGUUGUGGUGUUUUCAUGUCUGUGCACCUUGUACGAGCCCUUUCUGUUGAGCUGUAAUUCACCUGAGUCCCACUAGAGGACGAUGUCUGACACACCUCUGCAUGUCUCAAGAUGAAGUAUUUCUAAUUGUAAAUAAUUGUGAUUUUUGUUUUCCUAAGGUUCUAAACAGCUAAUAAAACUUUGUCUUUUC